CUGAUUUAUGUUGGUUAUUGGCUUUUCAGGGCAACAAUUUGAAGAUUUGGUAGUAGGAUUUCAAAAAGGCUGUGAAGAUGAGUGACAAUUUGAUGGAGAAGGUCAGUGCUUUUGGUGAACUCCUCAAGACUGGAGGUGCCGAGGUGGGUCGAAAGAUGAGCGCAGGCAUGAGCUCAAUGAGCUUCAAGGUGAAGGAGCUAUUACAAGGUCCUAACCAAGAAGAUAAACUUGUUGAGGAUGCCACAGCUGAGACGCUUGAUGAGCCUGAUUGGGCCAUGAAUCUUGAUAUCUGUGAUAUGAUCAAUCAUGAAAAAGUUAGUAGUGUUGAAUUGAUUCGUGGAAUAAAGAAGAGGAUCAUGAUAAAAAAUGCUAGGGUACAGUAUUUAGCUUUAAUGUUGCUUGAAACAUGUGCUAAGAAUUGUGAGAAGGCCUUCUCAGAGGUGGCGGCUGAGAGGGUUCUUGAUGAAAUGGUAAAGUUGAUUGAUGAUCCUCAGACUGUCGUCAAUAAUAGGAAUAAAGCUCUAUUGCUCAUUGAAGCAUGGGGAGAGUCAACCAGUGAACUGCGCUAUUUACCUGUCUUUGAAGAAACAUACAAGAGUUUAAAAUCAAGGGGUAUCCGAUUCCCUGGUCGUGACAAUGAGAGUUUAGUGCCUAUCUUCACCCCACCUCGUUCUGUGUCGGCUCCAGAAGUGGAUGCUAGUCUUACACAUCAGAUUCAGCAUGAUAUUCCUCUGCAAAGCUUUACAGCUGAACAGACAAAGGAAGCAUUUGAUGUGGCAAGAAACAGCAUAGAGCUUCUUGCUACAGUGUUGUCCUCUUCACCUCAACAAGAUGCAUUACAGGUAUUUCUAAUCUCGCAAGUUCUCGAUCUUCAAUUAAUUUGAUGUGGAUGUAUUGAUUUUGAUUAGAUAAAAAAAUUUGGCUCUGUAAUCCUACUUCAAAUAUGAGAUGCCUGAACUUUUCCUGUUGUUUAUGUGUAUGACUUCUUUGUUCUUUUACUUUGACUUAACCUUGGCAAACUAACUAGCAUUCCAAAGAUAUCAAACUGAGCUGUUUAACCAUAUUGGACCCGUUGAAUUGUGAAAAAUUAAGGCUGUUUUAGAGGGAUUUUUUUAAAGGAGAAUGGAUAACAAGAUUUUCACGUCCAAAUAUGACAUGCUAGUCAA